CGCCCCCCAGCCCUGAGGUGUUGGGUCCCUGGUGCAGGCGGCUGGGUUCUCCUGGUUCUACCCGGAUUGUGCAGGGUCGUUUUCAAAGCUUUGGGAACACGCUUUGGCCCGAUUUGAGGAGGGGGGGCGGGGAGGGGCCUGCGGCUUGCGGCCCCGCCCCCUUCUCCGGCUCUCAGGCAGGCAGAUUGGCCCGCCUCCUCCUUCGGCCGGCCCUGGGGCCGCGUCCCCCAGGCAACUCAGCUACUGAGGCCUGAGAUUCUGGCCGCAGGUGUCCGCGGCGAGGCCCCAGGGCACAGCCUAGUUCGACCCCAUGGUGGGUUUCGGGGCUAACCGGCGGGCCGGCCGCCUGCCCUCCUUCGUGUUGGUGGUGCUGCUGGUGGUGAUCGCGGUCCUCGCCUUCAACUACUGGAGUAUCUCCUCCCGCCACGUCCUGCUUCAGGAGGAGGUGGCGGAGCUGCAGGGCCAGGUCCAGCGCACCGAGGUGGCCCGUGGGCGCCUGGAGAAGCGCAAUUCGGACCUCCUGCUCUUGGUGGACUCGCACAAGAAACAGAUCGACCAGAAGGAGGCCGACUACGGCCGCCUCAGCAGCCGGCUGCAGGCCAGGGAGGGCCUGGGGAAAAGAUGCGAGGAUGACAAGAUUAAACUACAGAGCAACAUAUCAUAUCAGAUGGCAGAUAUACAUCAUUUAAAGGAGCAACUUGCUGAGCUUCGUCAGGAGUUUCUUCGACAAGAAGACCAGCUUCAGGACUAUAGGAAGAACACUACUUACCUUGUGAAGAGGUUAGAAUAUGAGAGUUUUCAGUGUGGCCAACAGAUCAAGGAGUUAAGAGCACAGCAUGAAGAAAAUAUUAAAAAGUUAGCAGACCAGUUUUUGCAGGAACAAAAGCAGGAGACAAACAAGUUUGAUUCAAAAGAUGGAAACGAGUUGGGAAUAAACAAUCAUGCAGUACCUAAAAACAUUCCAAAAGUACCUGAGAAUGCUGCAGAUAAGAAUGAAGAACCCUCAAGCAAUCAUAUUCCACAUGGGAAAGAACAAAUCAAACAAGGUGGUGAUGCGGGAAUGCCUGGAAUAGAAGAGAAUGACCUUGCAAAAGUUGAGGAUCUUCCUACCGCUUUAAAGAAACCCUCUAUUUCUGUUGCUCAGUAUGAAAGUCAUCAAGCAAUCUCCCAUAUUCCAACUGGACAACCUCUCUCCCCAAAUAUGGUUCCAGAUUCUCAUGGACACCACAAUGGAAAUCCUGGAACUUCAAAACAGAACCCUUCCAAUCCUCUUCAGCAUUUAAUUCCAGGCCCGAACUUGGAAAGUAUACCCAGAAUUCAAGCAGAUAUACUAAAGCAGGCUACCAAGGAUAGAGUCGGUGAUUUCCAUAAGUUGAAGCAAAGCCGAUUCUUUGAUGAGAAUGAAUCCCCUGUUGAUCCGCAGCAUGGCUCUAAACUGGCGGAUUAUAAUGGGGAUGAUGGUAACGUAGGUGAGUACGAGGCAGACAAGCAGGCUGAGCUGGCUUACAAUGAGGAAGAAGAUGGUGAUGGUGGAGAGGAAGACGUCCAAGAUGAUGAGGAACGAGAACUUCAAAUGGAUCCUGCAGACUAUGGAAAACAACGUUUCAAUGACGUUCUUUAAGCCCUAAAGGAAAACUUCAGAAAACCUAAAGUGCUGUAAAAUGGAAUGAUUUCUACUUUGUUGUUUCUGACUUUUGUUGUAAAGAUCAGUUGUAUCAGUUGUAAAGAUACAUUGAGAUAGAUUUAAGGAAAAAUUUUAAUGAAGAAAUGUACCCAUGUACAUAUGUGAACUUUUUCAUAUUGUAUUAUUAAAGCAGAGAUUUUUUUGUUAUAUUACAGUUGAGCCAAAAACAAAGUAAGCAAAACUGUAAUCUUUGCAUUUAAAAUGAACUAAUGUAUAUUUUACAUUUUAUUGAGCCUAAUUCUUUCCACAAAUGGACAAAUAGUAAAAAUUGGUUGUACGGUUUAUAUGUUGCACAUAGCAUAACCCCAGUGAGAACAGUUAUUCAACUGAAAAACUUUUUAUACACUAAUAUAUUCUUGUUAGCCCAA